GUCCCAGCGGCGGCCGUGCUGCUGCCACGGGGCCGGCGGCCGCGGCGCGGCCUCCUUCGCCGCCGUCGUGGGCCUCGCGGCGGCGGGCUCGUGGUGGGCCCUUGCCAGCGGCGCGCUGCUGCCGCUGGCUCCCCUGGGGCCGCUCGCGGAGCUGGCGUGGCCCUCUGCGGCCGAGGAGGGCGCCGAGGAGGCGGGCGCCAGCGAGGCGGGCGUCGCGGCGGAGCCGCUCAGGAUCUACACCUUCCUCGGGGUACCCCCGCGGCCCGGACCCGUGGGUCGCCCUGUAACCUGCAGUCCUGGCGCUCGAAUGCGCCCCCCGACGCGGAGGUGGUGCUGGUCAACGACAGCAACAUCCGCAGUCUUGUUCCGGACCUCCCCGAAGAGUAUUGGAGGCUGCCUUAUUCUGCCGCCAAGUCCGAUGUCAUUCGGGCAUCGGUGCUGUACCAUCACGGCGGGCUCUACAUUGACACCGACUUUCUGGUCACCAGCCCGCUUUCGUCGGUCCAACGGCGCCUCAGCGAAGGAUGGGAUGUCGUCGCCUACGCUGCACUCGGGCAGGGCAAGCUGAAGCAGACAGGCCCGUGCGGCGAGGACAAUCCUGGUGCCUUCGCGUCCAACUUCCUGGCCGCGCGCCGGGGGAACCCGUGGAGCCGCACGUGGUGGGAGAACAUCAAGGCGAAGCUCACGCGCGUCUGCGAGGAAAAGCAGCUCGGGUGCGUCGGCAGGGUCUGCUGUCACGAGGGUUUCGCCGCUGAGCCAGAGGAGCGCAAGUGCCACAUCCCGUGGGCGCACUUGGAGCACCUGAAGUCGCCCCCCAACGAUCACGACGCCAGGCCGCUGGGAACUGGGCCCUGCCGCGACUGCAACUGCGUGCCCCCGCCGCAGACCGUGCCCAAGACUGGCCCGCAGGCCGCAGCGAUCCUUGCCGCCGUCGAGCGCGGCCACCGCAACGCGACCGCGCUGCCCCCAGGCGCCCUCGAACGCCUGCUCUGCCUGCGCGGCGAGGACGACGGGGUGUCGCCGCACGUUUACGGCGAGGUCUACUGGCAGCCCUGGGACGCCGACCGGGGUGCCACGGCGGACAACUCCAGCGGGCAGUGGUCCCAAAAGAAGUACGAGCACCAGUAUUCGUGCUUCAGGAACCAGACGGACCUCGUCUGCGACACCCACAGGUAA